GUCUGCUUCGACCAGCGCGACUGCCAGACCGUUUGGCACUCAGAAAUCCCUUGAGUCCGUGUUUGCCAUGCAUACGCAAAAACCAAGGCUGCCAGUCCGGCAGCUGCUUAUCCUUUCAAUAUGUCGUUUUGCAGAACCUGUCGCCUUGACGUCUUUUUUGCCGUAUCUUCCUGAAAUGAUGGAAAGUUUGGGUGUGCAUAAAUCCGAUGUCCCGAAAUGGGUUGGAAUCACGACGGCUGUCUCCUCCUUUUCCCAGGCUACAAUGGCCGUUUCGUGGGGUACAGCAUCGGAUACCUAUGGUCGAAAGCCCAUUAUCCUGAUGGGGUUGACUUUUACUAUGAUCUUCUCGCUGGUGUUUGGCAUGGCAAAAUCGUUACCGAUGCUGGUGGUCUCGCGCGGCAUGAUAGGUCUUAUGAACGGAAACGUCGGCAUCAUCCGGACCAUGGUAGCUGAAAUGGUCCAGGAUAGGGACCUACAGCCUCGAGCGUUUAGUAUCAUGCCGCUAGUCUGGACUAUUGGUAGUAUUUUUGGGCCUGCGUUUGGAGGAGCACUGGCGCGUCCGGCGGACAAGCAUCCGGAGUUUUUUGGGCACUCGAGUUUCUUCAAGAAUAAUCCCUUUAUCUUGCCGAAUAUGGUGGCUGCGUGUUUCUUCAUCGUCGGUAUUACCACGGGAUUCUUGUUCCUUCAUGAAACCCUCGCUGCGAAAAAAGGUCACCGUGAUCCUGGUUUGGUGCUAGGAAAGAUCUUGGCCCGUCCUUGCAGUGGACGCCGGUCGAAAGUGUGCCAUGAUGACGAGAACACACCUUUACUCGGUGAGCAGAGGCAGUCCGUCAAAUCAUCAACGGUUCAAGUAAAAGCGAGAAAACAUAGUUGGGGAGAGGUCCUCUCGCCACAAUCUGUCUUGAUUCUGACCGUUUAUACCUUGAUGUCUCUUCACACCAUGGCCUUUGACUCUCUCUUGCCUGUGUUUCUUCAUACGCCGCCUCAACGCUUGGAGGACAACCCGGAUGUGCGUCUGCCCUUCAAAUUCGCGGGCGGGUUUGGGAUCGAUUCACAGGAAAUCGGCGUCUUCUACACACUAACCGGGAUUAUCGGCAUGGUCGUCCAAUUCCUUGUCUUCCCUGCCGCAGUCAAACGCUUCGGCGUACUUACCUGCCUGAAAGUCGUGUUCUCCAUCUCCCCAAUUAUAUACCUGCUCACCCCAUAUAUCGCGCUUGUGCCAGAAUCGAUGCGCGAAGUCGCGAUCUUCUGUCUGAUACUCUCCAAACUCACAGCCAAUAUCUUCGGAUUCCCCUGCACCACUAUUCUCCUCACCAACUCCGCCCGUAGCAUGAGCAUUCUUGGUACUUUGAACGGCAUCGGCACUAGCGUGAGCGCAAUCGGCCGUGCCUCCGGACCCGCCAUGAUGGGACAGGUGUUCUCGAUUGGGGUGCGAAUGGGAUAUAUGAUCAUCCCGUGGUGGUUUCUCGCUGUUAUCAGUGCACUCAGUGCUAUUCCUGUCAUGUGGAUCGAGGAAACGGACGGAUUUCAAGGCAAUGAGCCGGAGCCUGAAACUGAGACUGAACCAGAGGCGAUUUUAGGAGCAGAAUCCCAACCUCAACCUGUUGACGCCCGCGCGACGAACUAGUUGAUCCUCGCGAAGCAACAAUCAAUGAUUUGGGACCAAAACUUACAAACUCACAAAAUUCAAAACUCAACAACACUAUAAAACUUGAUGAACGAAACAAAAUACAACAGAAUGAAUAUCCGAAUCAAGAUACGUUGAUGAUAUCUGCAUGGACGGUACUAUAAUGAAUUGCAUCAAAAUAGAUUGUUUACAGAAGAUCUGCUUUAUAUCACAGGAAUGGAAAAAAUCAAGCAUAUUACUUUAUU